GUAUGGCGCUGGAUGCAUUUUGGCCUGUGGUAUCGGUGCUCGUACGAACCGCAUCAAGCUAUCACCACUGGCUUUACUGACUGGUGAUAUGUGCGCAGCCUUUACAUACCAGUCUGACUGCCAGCAGCGUGAAGAUCUAAGCUACCUCCAAGGCUUUACCAGCAAAUUGGCCUACAAUUUCCAG